AUGGACAGUGCACAGGAGGAAAGCAACAUUGUCAUGAAAACACCAAUGCUGGGACAUGAAGCGUCGCCAGUCAAGCUUACAGCGGAGCCUACGAAACCUCAGGAAGAUUUUGGAACUUUUCCGUGCGUAUCCCCUUACGACGAUGAAACAGGAAAACAGAAAGUCCGAUUGUCGGCGCAAGAAAAGCAGCGCUGGCGCCGCGCGGCACUAUCCGUAUCCUUCGCCUCGAUGUAUGUUACACUCAUGCUUAGCAUCGCGUCGUUCGUAAGUUCAGGCAUUUCUGAAAGUUCCGCGGCGUUCGCGAUCGCUUUCGACGCUAUGCUCGGGGUUGUAUCAUCUGGAGUGAUUGUUUGGCGUUUUUACCAAGGAGUUAAUGGUGUCUUAGGUCCAGGCAAAGAACGAAAAGCUUGUGUCGUAAUAGCCGCAUGUUUCAUACUCUCUGCGCUGAUGAUGUGCACGCGAGCGGUUGAGUUCCUUAUCAGCGAAAUGGAACCGAGAAACACACUCGCUCUUCUUUCGAUCUCCGUGGUCGGGUUUCUGUGUUAUUCUGCCUUCUUCUGGUUGAAAUAUCGUAUCGCUGAUAAACUGCAGAGCGUUGCUUUGAGGAUCGAUGCAAUAGACUCAGCCUGCGGUGCCGCUAUGGCCCUGGGUUUGAUUGUAAGCACGAUUAUUUACAGCGAAAUGCAUUCAACAUGGUGGUUAGACUCGAUCAUCGCACUUGCAAUCGCUUUCGUCACUUUCUGCUACGGCUGCCUGAUCAUACUCAAAGUGAUCUGGAACAAAGACAGGUUUGGAAUACCCGAGGAAUAUGAACUGUUUUAA